GAAUGUUGUUCAUGGUGUGGAGCUAGCUAUAUAUGUAACCACACCAUUCCUCCACCACCACCCACAAAACACACUUCUCUGAAAUCCAAUCCACAGCCGCCAUUUCCCACCAAUGGAGAACCAAAACGAUACCAAAUUACCAAUUUUCAACAGGAUCUGUGUCUUCUGUGGCAGUAGCCCCGGCAAGAAAUCUACUUACAAGGAUGCUGCCAUUGAGCUCGGAAAAGAGCUGGUUUCGAGGAAUAUCGAUCUGGUUUAUGGAGGAGGGAGUGUUGGACUGAUGGGAUUAGUGUCCCAAGCUGUUUAUAACGGUGGUCGCCAUGUUGUUGGAGUCAUCCCCAAGACCCUCAUGCCAAGAGAGAUAACUGGAGAGACAGUGGGGGAAGUGAAGACAGUUGCAGACAUGCACCAAAGGAAGGCCGAGAUGGCCAGGCGAUCUGAUGCCUUCAUUGCCUUGCCUGGUGGCUAUGGAACUUUAGAGGAGCUCCUUGAAGUUACCACCUGGGCCCAACUUGGCAUUCAUGAUAAACCAGUUGGACUGCUGAAUGUGGAUGGGUAUUACAAUUCCUUGCUGUCCUUCAUUGAUCAAGCUGUGGAAGAAGGUUUUAUAAGUCCAAGUGCCCGCCAUAUUAUUGUAUCUGCACCUAAUGCUAAGGAGUUAGUCAAAAAAAUGGAG